UGGACUUUGUACUAGAUCUAGAGAAGGUGGAUGAUUCCAUUUUGAUAUCACUCUUUUUUUGAUUUUGCAUGAUUCUUCGAUGUUUUAAUUGAUUUGAAAAAUAAAAAACCAGAUCACUUUGCUCAUUUCCGAAAACUUCUUUCCCGAAUCAAACUGAUAUUCUAAAUGAGAAAAUCACACAAAAUGAUUAAUCAUCGAUAAACAAACAAUACCUGAAAAUUGUUUUUGUAAGCUUUCAGUUAUUUACGUUAUGCUAGUUAGUUCUUCGUGUGUCUUUUCUUCAGAAUAUAUCAUCAGUCUUGACCAACACUGCAGUUACAAAUGAGCAAGCACCAUCAACUUUACUCCCAGAAGAGGUAGAGACACAAAAAGAAAAGGAGAUUAAGUCUGGAAAAGGAGCGCUUUUAAGUUCUCAAAAGCAGGAAGUCGAUGUAAACCAGACUACAAGCAUCACUGAGAAGUUUUUAGAGAAUGAACAACGAUGCGUAGAGACCAGUGUCUCGUCUUUACCACCGGCUGCGUCAUCAUGUUCGGCGUCAGCUUCGGCAAAAUCCCUUUUCCCUAAUACUCAAAAAGACACCUCAUGUGACCUGAAUGCAUCGAGUGACCACCAGGCAUAUCAGCAGUCAGCAGACCAAGGUGUUGAAGAUGGGGAAAAUGCAGAGGAACAGACGCCUUCAGGGGUUUUGGUAGAUCAAGAUAAUGUAAUGGAUCACGCACGUCUAGAAGAGGAUCGCCAGGAGCAACGUAUGCGAGACUGGAUUCGAGUGCACCGUCCUACAGUUCCCAGAGGCCAGUCUCUGAUGCAGCAAAAUGGCCGUUCCUCUCAACGGCAGAAUCAAGGGCAGAGGGAGAACAACCAGUCUUCACGUUCAGGCACCGACCAUGUGAUACGUCAUCUUAUAGCUCACCGACCUCAUCAACCAUAUCCACAUUUUCCCCUUGAGCUGCCGCAGCAACGUCGCCAACAAAGUCAUCCUGAACAUCGAGUCCGCCAGUUGAGUGACAUGGAACAGAUCCAGAGAACCCUGCAUCAGUAUCAUAUUCAACGAAGAAGUCGGCCCAACGAAGCAGAACGAGGAGAUCGACGACGGGAGCAGCGUCCUCAGCAACAACAUCAACAAAGGCCUUAUCUGGCAGGAGAAUUUGGAACCGUCCGGAACGACAGCGAGCGUACUAGAGAAAAUAUUGUACGAGAGCUACGGCAGAAUCGGCAGAAUCAUCGAACAGAUCACCGGGAAGGUUAUGUGUCAAGGGUCAUGGCCAUCGUCAGGCAACGCCACUCACUACCCCAGCAAAACGCCGACAAUCCUCCAGUUUCUCAGUCAGGCCAUCCUCCUCCAGAGCUAGAGAGACGGGUGAGACCACCAAAUAUUGAACGUGCUGUGCCACGACAGAACCCUCAUCCACCACGCAGACGAAGGAGAUGCCAGAAACAUUUCAAUGGAGCGGUGUACCAGCCUAAAAAGGAGUAAUCUUUGUGAUUUCAACAAUGACCCAGAAGUUCAGCGAGAUACAAGUCAUCAGAUUGUUUGAGGAUAUUUUAAGAAGUCAUAAAUGGUCGUUCAGAUCAAAGAAAUAUGAUGUUUGUAACAAAAAUCAUUCCACCUAUCAAUAAUUCAUUGAAUAUUAGGACCGACAGUGCACUUUUCUGCAAUAAUGUCUUUCGUGUAUUAUAUAGGUAAGAUUUCUUGAUAGGCCUUUGAAAAAUAGAGAACAAAAUGUUACAAAUAAAGGAUUUUACACUCUGGUUAAUGCCUGAGUAUUUCAUAACAAUAAUAUUUACAGUAAUUGAACCUCAUUUGCAGAACCAAAACCAUUUAAUCAAUUAUAUUGGCAAUGUUUUGUAUACGAAUAAGAAGAAAUGAGGAAUGUUCAUUGAAUUACAAAAUUAUUGAAAGAGAUCUAGAACAUUUAAACCUUUUUUUCGAGAUCCAUCUCUGUUAUUAGCAGACUGAACCAACUUUAGAAUUGUGUUUCUUGUUUCACUUAGAGUGAUUAUUAUAAUGAUUAUUUUGCAUACAUAUUUACGCCUGAUUUUCAUAGUAUAUUUUCGUGUAUAUCUUAGAAUGAUUAUUUUGCAUAUAUAUUUACGUCUGAUUUCCAUAGUUGUCUUUCGUGUAUGUCUUAGAAUGAUUAUUUUGCAUACAUUAUUUACAUCAGAUCUUCAAGCAU